GACCCCAAUACCCCUCCGGCCACACGGUGGCGAGGGAGCUAGCGAGCAUGGACAUGGACGUCGAGCGUAGCAGCCCCACGCCGGCGCCGGCAUCGCUGAUGGCCGAGCUGGACAUCGUGAAGAAGCGGUGGCGGCAUCUUCAAAGCCGCGCGAGGAGGGCUCUGCCGGCCGUCUGCGUCGUGGCAGCGACAGUGCUCGCCUUCGUCGUGCUCUCCACCGCCGGGGACGGCUGGCCGACGCUUCCCAGAAACAGGAUCUCCGUGCAAGAUCAUGAACCUCCGUCGUCCAACCUCACCACCGACCAGCUCCUGGACGGCCUGCUCACCGCGGAGUUCAGCCUGAGCUCAUGCCGGAGCCGGUACGAGUUCGCGAGCUACCACGACAACAAGAAGAGGAACCGCCCGUCGCAUAAACCAUCCCCCUACUUGCUCGCCAAGCUCCGGAUGCACGAAGCCCUCCAGAAGCGGUGCGGCCCCGGCACGGCCCCGUACAGGGCGGCGAUCCGGCAGCUCAAGUCCGGCGAUGGCACCGUCGCCGCGGACGCGGACGACUGCCGCUACCUGGUCUCCAUUCCCUACCAAGGCCUCGGCAACCGGAUGCUGGCGACGGCGUCGGCCUUCCUCUACGCGGUGCUCACGGAGCGCGCCCUCCUCAUCCACCACGACGUGGGCGCCCUCUUCUGCGAGCCCUUCCCUAGCACGACGUGGCUGCUCCCUCCCUCGGGCUGGUUCGGCGGCGGCUUCCCGCUCGCCCACCUCGACUACGACGCCGACUCCAAGGAGAGCCUCGGCAACAUGCUCAAGGCCAACGUCCUCUCCGUCGGCGCCGACGGGAACGCGACGUGGUCGGACGGCAGACACCGGCCGCCGUACGUGUACCUGCACCUGGAGGGCCGCUACAACUCCCACGACAAGCUCUUCUACUGCGACGAGCACCAGCAUCUCCUCCGCGGCGCGCCGUGGCUGCUGAUGAAGACGGACAGCUACCUCGUCCCGGGGCUCUUCCUCCUGCCGUCGUUCCAGGACGAGCUGGGCAGGAUGUUUCCCGAGAAGGACGCCGCGUUCCACCACCUCGGGCGGUACCUGUUCCACCCGGUGAACGACGUGUGGCGGGCCGUCACCAGCUACUACGGCGCGCACCUCGCCGACGCCAGGCAGCGCGUCGGCUUACAGAUCCGGGUGUACCCCAGGAAGCAGAAGCUCCGGCACGUCCUGGAGCAGGUCCUCUCGUGCGUCCGCAGGGAGAAGCUGCUGCUGCUUGAUGAUCCACCGGCCAGCAACGCGUCCGUCGUCGUCGACCAGGCCGUGCUGGUCACCUCCCUGAGCUCGUGGUACUACGAGAGGAUCAGUGACGCGUACGGCGGCGAUCGCAGGGUGCACUUGCACCAGCCCAGCCACGAGGGGCGGCAGAAGUGGGGCGACAGGUCGCACAACGGGAGGGCGCUGAGCGAGAUGUACCUUCUCAGCACCUGCGACGUGCUCGUCACCACCGGCUUCUCCACCUUCGGCUACGUCGCGCAGGGGCUCAGCGGACUAAGGGCAUGGAUCAUGCCCGCCACGCCCAUAUGGUUGCCGGACACUGGGGUGGUGCCGGACCCGCCGUGCGUGCGAGCCAUCUCCGUCGAGCCCUGCUUCCACUCCCCGUCCUACUACGACUGCGCCGCCAGGAAGGACGUGGACGUGAGCAAGGUGCUGCCGUACGUCCGGCGCUGUGAGGACGUGAGCUGGGGGAUCAAGAUUGCCAACGGUAGCAGCCAGUGGUAACUUUAACUUGUAUAGUGUUCUGACAAUUAGACAUCAUAGCUAGAUGUAGGUAGCGCAGACGAAACAAGACAUGCCAAAAAGCAUGCACAAACAAUUUAUUUACAUGUAAAGAGACUAGGAAAAAUAAAAUAAAACUGUAGUACGCUAAUAUGGAUGUAUCUA